AUGAAAGAGGCAGAGCGAAUGGCCAACACGCAGAAGCUUCUGGCACAGAGCAUCGAAUCAGAGGGCGAAGAAGAUGAGGCUAGGGGUGGUAGCGAUCUCGACGAUCACAAGCCCGCCUCGGGCAAGCCGUCGCUAGAGGAUAUCGAUGGCUCCUACUCGCCCUUCCCACCGGUCUGCCUGGACGACGACGGCGAGCUCAUCUUGUCGCAGGCCGAAGAGGAAGCGCAGGACAAGGUCGUUCGCGCGGUCAGUCCUCCUGGCGCCGCCUGGGACUCUGACACGUGGUGGUAUCUCGCGGCUGAGGACAUAGGGCAGCUGGGCGAAGCCGCGGGCACCACGGCAGCCGCGGCCGAUGACGGCGGUGCCAGCAGCGCCAAGCAGAAGAAGGAGAAGGACGACGAGCUUCCUCCACGCCGUGAUGAUGGUACUGCAGACCAUGAUAACACGCCCGGGUGCGAGUUCGUUCGCGAGGUCAUCUGCGCGCAACGCGCCGACGGAGAUGCGAAGUACACAAAGACGGUGAGCCAGUCUGCAGGCAAACGCCACGGCGGGCGACAGAAGAAGGAGAAGAAGAAGGAAAAGGCGAAGGUCGAUGAUGAUGACGUGUCGCUAUCGUCGCCAACAGCGCACUCCUUCUCACCGGUGAUCGUGCCCACGGGGCGCGUCCGCAUGGAGAGCUCGCCAACGCCGGGCUCGCCGCCCUCUUCGUUCUUCCCCGCGUCGCAGCCCUUUCCGGCCCGCGCGCGGCCGCUGGCCACCACCGCCAACGAGUCGCUGAUCGGCCCUGUGGGCUAUGCUCAGCCCAUACGGCCCAUAUCGCGUUCGGAGAUGGACCGCGUGCUGGGGCCAUCCGACGACGACGAAGAUGACGAUGACAACGAUGAGCAGCCGGUGGCGAAGAAAGACAGCGAAGACGACAGCGAGGAGGAGGAGGAGGAUGAAGAGCGCGCGCCAUCGAGCGGGGAGACGACCCACAACGCGGUGGGGCGCAGGUUGUUACGAGGUCGGCGACGGGUCGUGGGCGCCCCGACUGCAGAGAAGGGAAGGCCCGCCACGCCGGUGUCGCGCAAGGUGAGCGUCAUCGUCGAGGAGAACGGGCAGAUGGUGGAGGUGAUUGAGAGUGAGGGAGCCCACGCAGCCGGAGCCAGACGGGACGAGACACGGCGCAGGGCGCCGCAUCAACAGCCCGCCGAGCCUCAGGUGCGCGAAGGAGAGGACGACAAUUAUGACGGCGACAGCGAAGAGGAGGAGCAGGCCAAAGUGACGGCGACCCGAUCACGAAAGAACGAUGAUGAUGACGACGAUGAGGAUGAUGGCGAUGAAGAAGCGGACGAUGCAGACGCCGAGACAGAGAAGCCAAAGAUCGAGGCCACGAGAAGGAACCUCUUCAGUGACGGCGACGACGAUGAGGGCGCGGCCGACAGGAUCUGGCUCCGGCGGCGGCAGAAGAUCGCCACCGCCCCGCUCUCCAAGUCCGAGUUCCGCGAGCUGUGCCGCGGCAAGCCGGCCUCCUCGCCCAGCAUGCUGCCCACGACCCGACCCAACGGGACCAGCAGCAGCGCAGGCGUCUUGCAGACCGGAAGCGGCGGAGAUCUCGGCGGCGGCUCCUCCGGCGCCAAGCGCGAGGCAAAGCCCGCCAUCGACAUCGGACAUAAAGAAGCGAAGGAGGAAGAGGGCCACGAUCAAGAAUGCGAGUUGAAGAAAAGGGACGAGAAAGACGAUCCACAAUCGAAGAUCAAGGCUGCCAGCAGCAGCGCAGAGCGGGAGGGGGUUUCAGCGGUCGUGGCGACCUCCAUCCUGCCGCUGGUGCCGUCGCUGCCCUCCUUUCCCUCGUCGUCGUCGCUGACCGAGAUCGAAGGCCACAACGAAGAUGCGGCAGACCGAGGUCCGGUGGUGAUCGUGAAACAGCCGGCAAUCACGGCCAAGACCACGACCACAACAACGCCAACGAUUACGACGCCAAAGACACCGAAGACGACCAAGAAGUCGACCAAGAGGGAGCAGACCACGGGGUCCAAGGAGACGGGCACGGGGACGGCGGGCGAGCGGCCGAAGGGCGGCCAAACGCCGGCGGCGCCCUUGGCGCUCGCCACCGCCCGUCAAUCGCAGGAGCUGAGCGAGGAUCCCUUUGCACACACGAGGGCAAAGAGGCGGAGAGAGACCGACGAGCAGGCGGCCUCGAAGCCCAUGCUGGCCGGCCUCCACUUCAUCCUCACCGGGCUCAACGAGGAAAAGCCGCACGUCAACGCAUCGACCUCGGUCGCCACCUCCCCUGCCCGGCUUCCACCACGCGUCAUGCAAGAAGCGGAGGUGAAGGAGCUCAUCGAAGACCUGGGCGGCACGGUGAUCAACCGGAUGGCCCACCUCCGCCAGCAGGACCAGCAGCUGGUCGGCAGUCGCGGAUUUGUGUGGCGAAGCGCGUGGGGCGACCUGCCGUCGGUGAUCCUCAUCUCGGACAAGCACCACCGCACGCUCAAGUACCUCAUGGCCCUCGCUGCGGGCAUUCCGACGAUCCACUAUCGGUGGCUCCUGCAUUCGGCCGAGCAGGGCUGUCCGCUGCCCUACCGCCCCUACCUUCUGCCCGCUGGCGUGUCCCUGGUCGAUGAAAAGCGGAUCUUCCAGUACAAAUACUGGAGGUUGGUGCUGGAGGAGGCUGGCGCCGAGGUGGAGGUCCAGACCGGCGAGCCAGGGAACGAGGGCGAGUGCAAGGGCGGGCCGCCCAAGUCCACGGCCGGCAAGAAGAGUCAACAGAGUCGUAAGCGACCACGGCCGCCUUCGCUUCGCUGCACGGUGGUGGAGAAGGAGACCUACCUCACGAGGGCCGCGUCGUCUUCUUCGCUUCUUCUUCAGACGAAGGAGAAGCUCAAGGAGGCGGGGCAAGAAGACGAUGGCCGCGACGAGGCCGCGACGAACGGUGGCGUCCGGGAGGGAGGCGACGACGGGCCGGUGUGCACCAUCGAGUGGAUCGUGCAGUCGCUCAUCUGCCGCCAGCGCCUCGACUUCGCGGCCCACCCGCUCUUCUGCUACCCAGCCACUUCGCCACCGCUUGCAUGCCCACGCAAAGAGGAAAGAGGAUAA